CGAUUUAAAUCUACAGAGAAUUUGAUUAAAUUAAAAUUCUAUAGAAGAUCCGCCAGCAUAUACCUCAGUAAGCAAUUAGAUAUAUUUUUUUUGAAAUAACAUUUACAUACCAGUAAAUCAAAGCUAACUGAGUAAAACAAAAAUAUAUAUAAAAACAACAAUUACAAUUACAACAACAACAACAACAACAACAACAAAAAUAACGACAAAAAUGGUGAAUAUAUCAGAUAGCGGUGGUAAGCAUGCUUCUCAGGAAAUGGAACAAUUUUUACCCGGCGACGGUUUAGGCGGCAAUAACAAAUAUAAAAUUCAGCCACGCAAAGAUGCUGAACAAGCUGUAACGCCAUCGGAUUAUGAUCCGUUCGCUGCUCGAGACAAUGAGCAUGCCACAACCGACAACGAAACUUUAACGCAUUUGUUGAAAGCCUCACUGGGUACCGGCAUUUUGUCGAUGCCUAUAGCUUUUAUGUAUUCGGGUAUUAUAAUGGGCAUUUUCGCUACUAUACUUACUGCCUUUAUCUGUACGCAUUGCAGUUAUGUACUGGUGAAAUGUGGCCACAAAUUGUAUUAUAGAACAAGACGCACGAGAAUGAGCUUUGCCGAAAUAGCCGAAGUCUCAUUUCAAAAUGGUCCGAAAUGGUGUCGGGGCUUUGCACCUAUAGCAAAGUUCUCCAUACUCUUCGGUUUGUUUCUUACCUAUUUUGGUACUUGUUCCGUGUACACAGUAAUUGUCGCAAAGAACUUUGAACAGGUUAUGGAGCAUUGGUUGGGUUAUCAAUUAUCUUUGCGUUUACUCAUAUCCUGUUUAUUAAUACCGCUUAUACUUUUGUCAUGGAUUCCUAACUUGAAGUACCUGGCUCCAGUCUCAAUGAUUGCCAAUGUUUUUAUGGGUUUAGGCUUGGGUAUAACAUUCUAUUAUUUGGUUAUGGACUUACCGCCCAUUGAGAGCCGUGGCUUCGCCCAUGUCUCUACAUUACCGGCUUUCUUUUCCAUAACUAUAUUCGCGAUGGAGGCUAUCGGUGUGGUUAUGCCUUUAGAAAAUAACAUGAAAAAUCCUCAACACUUUUUAGGCAUUUGUGGUGUUCUAAGCCAGGGUAUGUCUGGAGUUACUCUAAUUUAUAUGUUCCUUGGUUUCCUAGGCUAUUUACGUUAUGGCGAUGAAACAGCUGAAAGUAUUACUUUAAAUUUACCCGUUCAUGAAUGGCCUGCCCAAGCUGUUAAAGUGUUAAUUGCUUUGGCUGUGUUUUGUACAUUUGGACUUCAGUUUUAUGUAUGCCUUGAAAUCGUUUGGGAUAGCAUUAAAGAUAAAUGCACUAAACGUCCGACUUUAGUUAAUUACGUGCUAAGAACUGUACUUGUUACUGCCGCCGUCGUCCUGGCUGUUUCUGUGCCAACUAUAGCACCGUUUAUGGGUCUAAUUGGAGCUUUUUGCUUUUCUAUAUUGGGUCUUAUAUUCCCGGUCCUAAUUGAAUUAGUUACCCAUUGGGAUACUGGUUUCGGUUCGUACAAUUGGAUCGUUUGGAAGAAUAUCGUUAUUGCAAUUUGCGGUUUGGCUGCUUUAACAUUCGGUUCAAUGAGUUCUCUAAAGGAUAUCAUUAAUUUGUACACUGCCGAGCCCUUGGAAAGCAGUACAUAAAUAUAAGCAUAUUCCAACUGGAUAUAUAAGCAAAUAAAAUUAUGAAAAUAUGCAAGAAGUCAUUUACUUAAAUCGUUAAAGCAACGCAAAAUUUUGGAAAUAUUUUUCGGAAAUCACAAAAAAAAAAAAAACAAACGACCUAACCCAACUAAAUAAAAAAAAAAAAAACAUAUAUAUCAAUUAUAGGAAAUUGUCAACGAAAUAGUUAAAUACCAAAUAACCUUUCACCUAACUAUUGUUAGGUGAAGCAGAAGAAAAAAGGAAAAAACAUAUUUUUGCACGCUUAUUAUCAAUGUAUGUGUUUAGAUGCACCACCGAGAAAUCCGAGCGAUCGUUUAACUUGUGGCAUCAAUAUUUUAAACGGUUUAAUCAAGUCCGUCCGUCCAUCCGUUCGUCCGUUCAUUCGUCCGUUCGUUCGUACGUUAAUUCAUUCGCUUCUAUUUUUAUUUAUUAUCCCAAUAAUUGUAAUGAUUAAAUUCGAAAGGAGAAAUUUUUUUUUUAUGUAGAUUUUAGAGUCGAUUUAAAACGAAAACCGCCCACCAAAUAAUGAAAAUUAUUGAAAAUUUCAAUAUAUAUAUUCGCAUUCAUUGAAUAGAUCUCAUAAAUGAUAGCCAUUAUAAUAUUUGUUUAUUUUUCAAUCAAU